AUGGAAUUUCGAAAAGGAGUUCGUUAUCUCGAAGUUACAUCGAUUGUAAAUCCAAAAUUACAAGCUCAGCAACAAAAUGGUGAUCGUCAAAGGAACAAAUUGAGCUUUGAUGCAGCGGCUUGGCACUACGUACAUGGACCCUUUGAAUCAAAAGUAAUUCCAACGUGA